CGCAUUGGGUUUGGUUUGGCACUCUCCAGUUAGCAGGCGGCCAUCUUGGAUAUAGCAAUCAAGCAAACUACCCUUACUUUUGGGAUGGGGAGGACUUUAACCGAACUUGGGUCUUUCGGGGUACCAGCACCGUCGGAAAACGGGGAAGCGCGCUUCGGAAGCUGAAAAUCAAUAGUAACCCAAGCCGCCAAAACUGACUGCAAAUUCCGAGACCGGUUUUACGUUAACACCCCUUCCCCUCCCCUUUUUCCUUGACUAGACAUUCUGUGCAUUUGUAGAGAGCCCGUGAACUAUUGGAAUACAGUUUAUUCAGUUUUAGUUCCCUAAAAACGAAUUGGAACAUUUUGGAACUCGGGGUUAUGGUUUGUUGUUGGACAACCUUUUGUGGGUUGUUGUGUUUUUCGCAAUCUGUCCCACCUCUGUACAGUAAUGCGGUUCGACAAUUUACCUAAUUAAUCUGUGGUCUAGACAUCUUCCAGCGUGUGUUUGCUGGAAUUUCGGCGUUGCGUUAAAUCCAUGUUCUUCAAUAGCAUUUGUAGACCUGCUUUCCUCCUGUUGGGCUAAGGUGCAACAAAAUAAAAAAGGAGACCCAGAACGCCGAACCACUUCGUGGAACAAGACAUUAACAUGUCAACCAGAACGCCACUACCUACUGUCAAUGAGCGUGAUACUGAAAAUCACACCUCGCACACCGAUGCGCGCAACGAGGUCACCACGCGGCCCGUCCGCUCAGGCGCCCGCUGCCGGAACUCCAUUGCCUCGUGCGCCGACGAGCAGCCGCACAUCGGCAACUACCGGCUGCUCAAAACCAUCGGAAAGGGCAACUUUGCCAAGGUCAAGCUGGCGCGUCACAUCCUCACGGGCCGAGAGGUUGCCAUCAAAAUCAUCGACAAGACACAGCUGAAUCCUACCAGCCUUCAAAAGCUCUUCAGGGAAGUCCGAAUAAUGAAGAUUCUAAACCAUCCAAACAUUGUGAAACUGUUUGAGGUGAUAGAGACUGAGAAGACUCUCUACCUGGUGAUGGAAUAUGCCAGUGGAGGGGAGGUCUUUGACUACCUCGUAGCACAUGGGAGGAUGAAGGAGAAGGAGGCCAGGGCUAAAUUUAGACAGAUUGUGUCAGCUGUACAGUACUGCCAUCAGAAACACAUCGUACACAGAGACCUGAAGGCUGAGAACUUACUCCUGGACGCCGACAUGAACAUCAAGAUUGCCGACUUUGGCUUCAGUAAUGAGUUUGUCAUGGGAAGUAAGCUGGACACGUUCUGCGGCUCUCCUCCCUACGCCGCCCCAGAGCUGUUCCAGGGGAAGAAGUACGACGGGCCUGAGGUGGACGUCUGGAGCCUGGGGGUCAUCCUGUACACGCUGGUGUCAGGGUCGCUGCCCUUCGACGGUCAGAACCUCAAGGAGCUGAGAGAGCGUGUUUUAAGGGGUAAAUACCGUAUCCCUUUCUACAUGUCCACCGACUGUGAAAACCUCCUCAAGCGCUUCCUGGUGCUCAACCCAGCCAAGCGCGGUACACUUGAGGUGAGGGAGGAAGGCCAAAAUCAAAUCAUGAAGGACCGGUGGAUAAACGCCGGGUGUGAGGAGGAUGAGAUGAAGCCCUUCGUGGAACCAGAAACGGACAUCACGGACCAGAAGAGAAUAGACAUCAUGGUGGGGAUGGGCUACACUCGGGAGGAGGUGACUGAGUCUCUAACCAGGAUGAAGUACGAUGAGAUCACCGCCACCUACCUGCUACUGGGAAGGAAGUCCACAGAGUUGGAGGUCAGUGAUUCCAGUUCUAGCAGUAAUCUGUCUCUGGCCAAGGCGCGGCCUGCCAGCGAGCACAACAACAACGGCCAGUCUCCUGCCCACCUCAAGGCCCAGCGGUCCAUCUCCGGCACCCAGAAACAGAGACGCUACAGCGACCAGGCCGGUCCAUCCAUUCCCUCGGUGGGCUACCCCAAGAGGAGCCAGACCAGCUCGGAUGACAACGGCGACCACAAAGAGGACGGGGGUGCCCAGCCACGGAAGUCUGUUUCACCAGGCGGGCGUGGUGGCAGCGGUGCCCCUGCCAGUCCCCUAUUGGGUAACGCCAACAACCCUAACAAGGCCGACAUCCCCGACCGCAAGAAGGGCUCCACCACACCCAGCACUAACUCCACAUCAGGGGGCAUGAGAAGGAGGAACACGUAUGUGUGUAGCGAGAGGAACGCCUCGGACCGCCACUCUGUCAUCCAGAACGGAAAAGAAAACAGCACGUCGACGACGUCUGGCCAGCGGAACCCUGGUGGCUCCUCCACCCACAGCAUCAGCAGCGGCGCCACGCCCCCCGACAGGCUGCGUUUCCCCCGCGGCACAGCCAGCCGCAGCACCUUCCACGGCGGCCAGCUGCGGGAGCGUCGCACGGCCACCUACAACGGCCCGCCGGCCUCACCCACGCUGUCGCAUGACGCCACGCCCCUCUCGCAGUCCCGCAGCCGAGGCACCACCAACCUCUUCACCAAGCUCACCUCCAAACUCACGCGCAGAAACAAGUCAUUCAGGUUUACCAAAAGAGGCCCGGCAGAGUUUGAGAGAAACGGGAGGUUGGAGAGCUCAAGUCGCAACAUGUCAGGUGAUCAGAAGGAGGACCAGCAGCAGCUCCAGCAGCAUCCUCAGCCCCCUCACGGCCAACACCCCAAGGACACCAAGCCGCGCUCCCUCCGCUUCACCUGGAGCAUGAAGACCACGUCGUCCAUGGAGCCCCACGACAUGAUGCGCGAGAUCCGCAAGGUGCUGGACGCCAACAACUGCGACUACGAGCAGCGCGAGCGUUUCCUGCUGCUGUGCGUGCACGGAGACGGCCACGCCGAGAGCCUGGUCCAGUGGGAGAUGGAGGUGUGCAAGCUGCCGCGCCUCUCGCUCAACGGUGUGCGCUUCAAGCGGAUCUCGGGCACGUCCAUCGCCUUCAAGAACAUAGCGUCCAAAAUUGCCAACGAACUCAAAUUGUAGGUCCUCCUAGGGAUAUGGGGGGGGGGGGGAGUAUUUACCACGCAGGUAAAAUAUUGCGGUUCAAAAUUGACUAAAGCAACGUAACGUGGGGAAAGAAAGCAUUUUGAAAUGGACUUGAGUCAAGUCGAAUCUGAACGAGCUGUACAGUCGUUAUAAAAAAAUAAAAAAACUUAAGUAGCAGAUCUACGGAUUUCCUCCGAGACACUUACAAAGUAUGUAUUGAAAACGAUGUAUAGCUUUAGGCAAUAAUUUCCUGUGUCUUUGGAGCAUUAUCCUUAUUAUUAUUAUUAUUAUUAUUAUUAUUAUUGAUGAUGAUGUAACAGGUGGUCUUGAGCUGUCGGGAACGUUGGUCUGACAUUGACAUGUUCUUUGGGUCUUGUUUUAUUGAUGAAUGCACUAUUGCAUUGUCUCCUUUGUGGCUCUGGAAAAUACCUCUCAAAUGGGAGUUUAAACUCAUACAAGGGAGGGAGAGAAGUGGAGGAGGAACACAACUGACCCCCUCCCGCUGUUACGAGUACCCAGAAUUCCUCUUGCAAGGAGAAUAUGGCUGCCAGAUAUGACUGGUUGGAUAGCCUUGCUAAUAUGGCUGCCAGAUAUGACUGGUUGGAAUAGUUAGGCUUGCUAAUAGGGCUGCCAAAUAUGACUGGUUGGAUAGCCUAGCUAAUUGCACAACAAGUGACUGUAUUAUUGUUAGCACUGUCAAAGAGAUUUUGACAGUCAAUUGCGCUCUCUCCCAUUUACUUAACCAACCUCUACACAUACACACAGACUUCCAUUCUAUGAUUUGAAGCCGUUGAUCAUCAGUGUUAAUCUGUGUGGUUACAGUAUAAAUGCAAUGUAUGGACUCAGCUGGUCAAGCCCCUGCUGUAUGGGGUCACCCACCCCAGAGAGCAGGGGCUGGAGGAGGCCGGUGCCGUGACAACGCACUUUGGCAGACCCCUGCUUCAAAACAGGGGAAUGUUGCCAAGUAUCAUGGGACUUUGAUUCAUUUGCUACAAAAAAAAAGUAUUCACAGAAAUAGGGAAGAUUUUCCUUCCUGGCGUAUAUGAAUAUUUAGUGUUUUUUCCUUUGAUGGUUUUUUUUUUUUUUUUUUUUUUUACGGUUCUCUUCUCAGAUGUUACUGAAAUGCCCCCCGCUAUCUGGUCCCGCCCACCCGGGCCCACGGGCUGAGUCAGAUGCAGUCGGCCAUUCCUGGAACACAAAAGUUCAAAGUUCAACCAUGGCUGUUUUCAGGCCUCCAGUAUUCACUCCCAUCCUCAUAUAAACAUUGGCACUAUUAGAUUUUUUUUUCUGGAAUGUAAAUAAUGUACCUCAGUUUGGCAACAGCUGUACAAUGAUAUACUUCCCCUUUUCUGUUGUGUUAUGAGACGGGAGCUGUGGAAUUAACGUUAACUCAUUCGUCCCUGGGUAAGGUUAACCAGUGUCUCCAUUAAAACACCUUAAAAAAUGA